ACAACUCAACAUCUGUUAUACCACGGAAAUUACAAAACACAUGGGUAGCAGGUUAAUUUAAUUUUAGUUAAUAACAACGUGUUUUGAAAAGGAAACUCCCUUAUCUCCAAAUGAUUUAAAAAGGACAAAUCCUGAUCCUCAGCAUUAGAACAUUCAACAGUUGAACGCAACAAUGCUGUCCAGGGUUUGUAAUAGUAAGUCUUUUUAUUUAGCAUUUAUUUUUUUAAAUCUACAAACGAUUUCGGUGCUCUAUCCUAUUCAUUUGAAUUUAUUUUAUUUAUAAUAAAUGAAAGAUGCAUCCUAUUUACAUAAUGUAUUGUAAAAUGCAAUGUUUUGUUACAGACUUGGUCGUCAGCAUUGCGUGCUUAGCUUUGCUGUGGAGAUGUAGUAUCGGCGGUCCGGUCGGAGCACGUGAAUCACCAUUGAACCUCACUGGAAAGUGCAACGAGCUUGCGCGCUCACUGCUCUGGAACGUGUCAGCGGUGCUCGAGAUGGACCACCUGUUCAGCGGGUUUGACUGCUCACAGCAAAACGCAGAGGUGCAUCUCAGGAGGCAAACAGUGUCUGCUUGCACACCACAGAACUCUAACUGCGCUCACAGUGCAGUUCUAAAUAUUGAUGAGAAUGAAUGCCUACAGAGAAUUCUAGAAGAUCUCCACUACUAUCGGGAGACAUUGAGAGCUUACUCUAACCCAGAGCUCACCAAUAGUGUAGUUUGGAGCAUUGAUGACCUCCUGCAGAACUGCUUCUCUGUCUCUGUGAUGGACAUCUCUCCAGCCAAGGUGUCUGUGGAUCAUCAAAAAUCUUUUCAAGAACGACUGCAGCUGUGCAAAGUCCUAAAGGGUUUUAACCUUCGAACAAUAACAAUAAAUCGUGUUUUCAACUACAUUUUGUCAAAAUAGCAAACUAGCAAUUGCUAUAGGCCAAACACCUGUUAGUUUACUGUUACAAAAAGCAAUGAUUAUUUAUUAGUAAGUUAUUUAUUGUAUUUAAACAUUAUUUAUUUAUGCAGUAAUGUAUGCUAUUUUAUUUUUUUGUGAACUUCUGAUUUGUUUCUUGUUGUUUUAUUAAAGGUGGCCAUGCACUUCAGCAAAA